UCUCCAGCAUCCUCCCCCGUCUACCACCGAGCAUGGGCCUGUAUUUGAAGCCUUAGAUCUCUCCAGCACAGUCAGUACCAGGAGCCCAUGAAGAAGAUGGCUCCUGCCAUGGAAUCCCCUACUCUACUGUGUGUAGCCUUACUGUUCUUUGCUCCAGAUGUCGUGUUAACAGUCCCUCAGAAACCUAUGGUCUCCUUGAACCCUCCAUGGAAUAGAAUAUUUAAAGGAGAGAAUGUGACUCUUACAUGUAAUGGGAACAAUUUCUUUGAAGUCAGUUCCACGAAAUGGUUCCACAAUGGCAGCCUUUCAGAAGAGACAAAUUCAAGUUUGAAUAUUGUGAAUGCCAGUUUUGAGGACAGUGGAGAAUACAAAUGUCAGCACCAACAAGUUAAAGAGAGUGAACCUGUGUACCUGGAAGUCUUCAGUGACUGGCUGCUCCUUCAGGCCUCUGCUGAGGUGGUGAUGGAGGGUCAGCCCCUCUUCCUCAGGUGUCAUGGUUGGAGGAACUGGGAUGUGUACAAGGUGAUCUAUUACAAGGAUGGUGACGCUCUCAAGUACUGGUAUGAGAACCACAACAUCUCCAUUACAAAUGCCACAGUUGAAGACAGUGGAACCUACUACUGUACAGGCAAAGUGUGGCAGCUGGACUAUGAGUCUGAGCCCCUCAACAUUACUGUAAUAAAAGCUCGGCAUGGGAAGUACUGGCUACAAUUUUUUAUCCCAUUGUUGGUGGCGAUUCUGUUUGCUGUGGACACAGGAUUAUUUAUCUCGACUCAGCAGCAGGUCACAUUUCUCUUGAAGAUUAAGAGAACCAGGAAAGGCUUCAAACUUCUGAACCCACAUCCUAAGCCAAACCCCAAAAGCAACUGAUAUAAUUACUCAAGAAAUAUUUGCAACAUUAAUUUUUUUCCGGCAUCAGCAAUUGCUACUCAAUUGUCAAACACAGCUUGUAAUAUACAUAGAAGUGUCUGUGCUCAAGGAUUUAUAGAAAUGCUUCAUUAAACUGAGUGAAACUGGUUAAGUGGCAUGUAAUAGUAAGUGCUCAAUUAACAUUGGUUGAAUAAAUGAGAGAAUGAAUAGAUUCAUUUAUUAGCAUUUGUAAAAGAGACGUUCAAUUUCAAUAAAAUAAAUAUAAAACCAUGUAACAGAAUGCUUCUGAGUA